AUGGCCGAGCAGAAGAAGGACGACAAGUGGACGACCGAGGCGUACCAGCACUCCGCCUCCUUCGUGCCGAAGCUGGCGACCAAGGUCGUCGGAUGGCUCGACGUCCAAAAGGACGACGUCAUCCUGGACGUCGGCUGCGGUGACGGCAUCCUCGACGUCGAGUUCGGCAAGAUCCUCGCACAGGGCACCGGCUCCCUCCACGGCAUCGACGCCUCGCCCUCCAUGAUCACCGCGGCCAAGAAACUCGUCUCGGACGCGGGGCUCUCCAACUGCGACUUCGAAGUCCUCGACGCAACCAAAAUCUCCACCUCAAAAACACCCUCCCUCCACACCCCAACCUUCACAAAAGCCUUCUCCAACGCCGCGCUGCACUGGAUCCUCCGCCCGCCCGGCGCCCAAAUCCCCGUCUUCACCUCCGUCCGCGACGCCCUCCUCCCCGGCGGCGUCUUCGUGCUCGAGAUGGGCGGCCUCGGCUGCGUGUGCGAGAUGCGCACGGCGCUGCUCAUGGCCGUGGCGCGGCGCGUCGGGAUGGAGAGGACCAAGGAGGUCGACCCCUGGUUCUUCCCGGACGAGGAGUGGCUGAGGAAGGCGCUCGAGGAGGAGGUCGGCGGGUGGAGGGUGGAGAGGAUCGAGAGGGAGUGGAGGCCCACGAUCGCGGAUAAGGGCGGCGUGGAGGGGUGGUGUCGGCUGAUGGGCAAGGAGCUGAUCGAUGCGGUGCCGGAGGGGGAGAGGGAGGAUGUCGUGAGGGAGGUGAAGGAGGUUUUGGAGGAGGUCUGUAGGGUUCCCGGGGGCGGGCAGAUGAUUAGCUAUGUGAGGUUGAGGUGUGUUGCGAGGAAGAUCUAG